UCGGUCAACCAAGUUCCAAUUUCAACUGGACCUUAUGCAACGUUUACAUUUGUGGACAUUUUCUAUUUCGCACUUUUUUUUCGCUUUGGCAUACAGAAAUAGUAACAAUUUGCGCAUUAGUAGGUGAAUACUGCUCUUAUAUUGGUAUGGAGGUAUUGCAGAGGCAAGAUGAGUUCUGAUACAGAUCAUGCCGUGAACUUCUUGAGUAAUGCUUCCUCCAAACUGGCCGACGCCGCCAAUUCGAGCUCCGCGGGGAACGGGACCGAGCCGAGCUCGUUCAGCCUCGGCCGCGCGCUUCCGCUGGGCAUGGUUCUGGGCGCUUUUAUUGUGUUUGCCAUCGUGGGCAACAUUCUCGUUAUUCUCGCCGUAGUGUGCAACAGGCACCUGCGCAUCCCAACCAACUACUUCAUCAUCAAUCUAGCCAUGGCAGACCUGUUGCUGAGCACAACUGUCCUGCCGGUGUCCGCCACGCGUGAAAUUCUUAACUACUGGGUGUUCGGGAGGAUUUUCUGUGACAUCUGGGCUGCGGUGGAUGUGCUGUGCUGCACCGCGUCCAUCAUGAGCCUGUGCGUGAUCUCCAUAGACCGCUACAUCGGGGUGCGUUACCCGCUGCAGUACCCGAGCAUCGUGACCGAGAAAAGGGCGCUCCUAGCCAUGCUGGGUGUUUGGGUUCUUGCCUUUGUCAUCUCCAUAGGACCUCUGCUCGGGUGGAAAGAUCCUCCUUCAGAGGAUGACACCGUGUGCCCCAUCACAGAGGAGCCGUUUUACGCGCUCUUCUCCUCGCUGGGCUCCUUCUAUAUCCCUUUAGCGGUGAUUCUGGUCAUGUAUUGCCGCGUGUAUAUAGUUGCCAAAAGAACCACGAAAAACCUCGAGGCUGGAGUGAUGAAGGAGCGCAUGGACACCAAUGAGCUGACGCUUCGGAUUCAUUAUAAAGGCUCUCAGACGCAGGAUCUCUGCAGCAAAGGCCACAUGAGGAGCUCGCUGACAGUCAAAUUUCUCAAGUUUUCUAGAGAAAAGAAAGCUGCUAAAACGCUUGGUGUUGUUGUGGGCAUGUUCAUCCUGUGCUGGUUACCAUUUUUCCUCGCACUACCCAUCGGGUCAUUUAACACCAGUUUACGUCCUCCUGAAACAUUCUUCAAAGUGAUCUUCUGGCUGGGCUACUUCAACAGCUGCUUGAACCCCAUUAUUUACCCCUAUUACAGUCGUGAGUUCAAGCAGGCCUUCAUUCGGAUCCUGCAGUGCCAGUGUCAGCAGAGGAAACAACAGGGCUGGAGAGCAUACAACUACCGCGUCCAGACAGGCUCGGCCAACCAGGUCUACACAGAUACCAGCUCCAUUUGCAUGAACAGCAGUCAGCAGACCCUUGCCCCAGUGCAACCCAGCCCGACGUUAUUCAGCAGAGUUGUGGGCUCUCGUCCGGCAUCAGACCUUCUUCCAGGCUGGGGCUGUACUUCCUCUUCCUCUUCCUCCCGAUCUGGCAGCCCUUUUCCUGGUAUGAUGAGAUCCAGUUCUAGGGCGAUGAGUACCUGCAAAUUUAACAGGAUGGCUUUGCUUUUCUCCAGUGGGUCCCAACAUGCCGAUGGACAGAACGGGAAGCUAGAGGCAGAGCAUGGGCCGAUGUCUAUACAUACACCUGAGACUACAAUCUAGCUGGGUGUUAAUAGAUAUUCAUGCUCCUGAUUUGUCUGUCUUUCUGUUCUUUCUGGAUGGAUCUGAUUCAUUAUUAUAGACGUGAAAUACAUUGUGUGUCUUGUCAUGCAUGUCAGCAUUCUUUAAUUUGAGAGUUGCAGUCGCUAUGUUAGAGAUAAUGUACAGUCAGCCGGUAAUGAUCACAAAACAAAACCCAACAAGGUGAUAAGGAUGCAGACACCAAUAAGUAAAUAAAUAAAUGGACAUGAAAUAUUGAUUUGAGUUGAUAUUAUUUUAUCUGCAUAAUUGUCUUAAAGCUUCUUCUAAAAAAAAAAAAACAUUGUAACAUAUAUAUAUAUAGUAUAUAGUAAUAUUAGUAACACGUAAGUUCUCUGAGUUCUCUGAGUCUAAGAUGCAAGAUGGCAGUAAAAUGUAUUUUAAAAAAUGUGUUUUAAAAUUGUAAAAGAUGUUAAUCGCUUUGAUGAGGGAAACAAUCUCUUAAAGUAUUGGGAAAGACAUAGAUUAAAAAACAUAGAGAUAAUUAUUAAAAGAUGCUGAUUAUGUAAAUACAAACUUUUUUUUUAACGUUAAUUACAAAUCAUAUUGUAUGAGAGUGAAUUUACAGUGCUGAGUUUACAGUUAAGAGUUGUUAUGAUAUGAUUGUUUGUCACAGUUUUUGAUUGAUGGAAGUUUCUUUGGAGAGUCAUGUGUAAUGUAAUUUUUCCAUCAGGCAUUUUCAUGUAAAACAUGAUUAUUUAAACUAUACGUUGAAAUCAUGUGGGAAAGGCGUAUUCCAUCGAUUAACAACCUCAUAGUUCAUGUUAGGAUUGUCUGUAAAGGUUUAAAAGUUACAGUUAAUAUCGAUUCCCCUAUUGAGAAAAUGAAAUGGAACUUUUACUGUUGCAUUCUAAGACUAUAGAGCAGUGUUUACUAGAUUGAACUAGUUUACUUUUCUGAAAUAAAAAAUACCUGUGCCAGAUUUAAAUAGUUAAUUAUGGCGGAAAGCAUCAUCACAGUCUGUGAAAGAAUGUCUGUGCAUUCCAGAGACGGAAGGAUUGGAAAUCUGAAAAGCCGAAAUCAGAUUUUAACAAAAGUAUCAGUAUUAUUGUGUACAUGUGUUUAUUGGUUGUGGUGGCUGUGAAUGUAGUAACAUUUGCAUGAACAAAGGGAUCAGCUCUGCACCUGGACUUGCUGCACAGCUGUGAGCAGCUCUGAUAAAACUCACUGUGACUUGCUCACUGGUCUGUUCACCUCCUUUAUUUAUUUCCCUUUUUGAUCUUCGUGUUAUUCUUCAGAUUGUGCUUAUCGGACUGGUCAAGAUCAUCCCGUUAUAUUCAUAGUUAGAGGUAAAUCCGUGACGCCUUGUGAUUUCCAGUUCAAUAGGUGAGGGUUUUGAAGAUGUCAGAUGUCUAAACUGAUUUCGGUUUGCGGUCAUUACAACACACUUUUUAACAAAUGAAUGGAUGGCAUGAAAAGCUAAUGUCUGACUGAACAAUUCAAGGCACAAACCAACAUUGUGUGUGCUCUGAACCAGCAAAUUGGAUUCUUUCAAAGUGUAAAUGUGUUAUACAACAAGACUUUGUACUUAACAAGAAAAUGUGGUCAUUGGUUCUGCAUUUACUGUUCGAUCGCAGUGGCUAUAAAAGGAAAAUAUAGUUCACUUUAAAUUUAAUUCAGCCGUAAUUAGUUUGGUUUGUGCAACCGAAAAGUUUAAGGGAAACAUCAGUGCUUCAUUAACAAAAGAAGAAUGUGUACAUUUCUCCUGAUAUGCUUUUCUCCUUGUACAUUUUAUUUACUAAGUGAACCAUAAAAAAUACGUCUCCAUAUAUUUAGUGUUAUAUUGUGGGCUGUAGUUUCAUUUCUCUCGAGACAAGUGUAUAAUGAAGAAAUACAUUUAAUUUGUGAAGCUCCCUGAUGCAAUGAUUUUGUAAAGUAUGUAUUCUAUUA